AUGUAUAUAUUUAUAUAUAGUUUACUUACAGUCACACACUUCGAUGAGACUUUUGCUCUUUGAGGAAACUCUUUGAUAUUUAACCAGCAGUUUAAAAAGACGGUUCUUGAAGGCAAUUAUUUUUUACUAGUGCUUCCAAAGUAUUAAUUGUCUUCCAGUGAACUUGUAAUGUGACUCUUUCCUUCAAGCAAUCUUCCCACCUUUUUAUCUUUACCUCCUGGCUACUGGAGAUAGAUAUCAGCUCCAUCCCCGCCUCUCCUGUCAUCCUACAUUUGAAGCAUCUUUUCCUCUUUGCAAUUUGAUUAAAAACUCAUGCUGACACAGGAGACAGGAGAGCGGGGACGGCACCUUGAAAGCAGUCCUCCAAACCGCCGCUUUGCUUCAGUGUCACCCAUCAUUCUGUACAAGUGACCCAUGAGUAAGUGACUCAGUCAAAUCCAGUUUGCUUCCCCCAUGCUGCACUGACUUUCUUCAUUCAUUCCCAUUUGUCCUGAAACCCUUAAAAACAGAAACAGCAUCACCUACGCUCAGUGUUUUCUUUGGGUAGGAUAAGUUGGUUGGUUAUGGAACACCAAAACGCUCAAGAACCAGCAGUUUGCUGAGCGUUCUGGUAUACGGCAGCUCUUUUACGCAUUAUAAACUGAUAGUAUUGGAUAAUAUUGAGGUGUAUGGUUUCAUUUAAGGUCUUUUCUCUUUAACUUCUGCAGGAGACAAUGGCCAGUCCAGUCCGAAUCCAGACAGACAGCACUGUUCUUCAGCCGCCACGCUCCACAGGCUUCACCGAGAGCUCGCUGGCCCUUCUCAAGCGAGAAGAUGGCAUAGUGCAGACCUCAGAGAUGGUUGACCACAAACCCCGUCUUGACGGCUCGGACCGAGGCCAUCCAGGACUCUACCUGUCCUGCUUCGAUAUGCUGUUCACCGAGGACGCCGCCUGGCUGGUCAGGGUGUCGGAUUCGUCCACGACUGCGGGCGGCGGGUCCAGACUGGAGCCGUGUCAGGAACCUGAGCAGUGCCCUGUGAUCGACAGCCCUGGACUGGGAGUCUCGCCGCUGUCUCCCACCCUGGAAGAACAGGUGGAGGAGAGAUCUUUAGAACAGGUGCAGAGUCUGGUAGUGGGAGAAGUUCUGAAGGACAUUGAAACAGCUUGUAAACUUCUCAACAUCACACCAGACCCGAUGGAGUGGAAUUGUGGGAACGUUCAGAAGUGGCUGUUAUGGACGGAGCAUCUCUACAGGCUUCCGCAGGUGGGAAAGGCUUUCCAAGAUCUGGAUGGGAAAGAUUUAUGUUCCAUGAGCGAGGAAGACUUCCGACAGCGUUCGCCACAGUGCAGUGAAACGUUACACGCACAUCUGGAUAUAUGGAAAUCAGCUGCCUGGAUGAAGGAAAGAUGUUCAGGUGGAGAGACCAGGAUGAGAGAAGGUGAAGAGCUGUGGUCAGAAGCAGAUUCAUCUUGUUCUGGUCAGCCGAUCCACCUGUGGCAGUUCCUCAGAGAACUUCUCCUCAAACCUCACAGUUACGGACGCUGCAUUCGCUGGCUGAAUAAAGACAAAGGGAUCUUCAAAAUCGAAGAUUCUGCUCACGUGGCACGUCUCUGGGGUUUGAGGAAGAACCGUCCGGCUAUGAACUAUGACAAACUCAGCCGCUCUAUUCGGCAGUACUAUAAAAAGGGCAUCAUCCGCAAGCCAGACGUCUCUCAAAGACUCGUCUAUCAGUUUGUCCAUCCAGUAUAAGAGAGAUAGUGAACUCAGAACUUUAUGAACUGACAAACCCUCCUACACAUUUCUUGCUUUAUUUUGAAGACUAUUUCUGGGUUUUGCAGACCAGCGAAACUAAGAAAAAUGUAAGAAAGUUAAAUCUUUUUCGAAGUAUAAAAUAGAAUUGUGAUUGGAAACGUCCAAUAUAAACUUGCACUCUUUUAAAAACACUUGUGUGUCUGUUUAACAUUUUAAAUGUACCAUUAAAGCGAGAAACUAGAGGUGAACUAAUAGAUAAUUAAUGACAGUGCAGUUUUCUGAAAUGUUUUGUUUAUGCAAUAUGCAAAUGAUGCAUUAUUUAAUGAAAUAUGCACUAAUUUGCAUACAUUUCCAGAACAGAAACCUGUACAUUGGAUAAAGCCAUGGUUCAAAAAUGGUUGUUUGAUUUUGUUGACAUAUUAGUUAAAGGUUUUUACAGAGGGUUUUUUGGAUCUCUUUUUAUCACUCCAUAAAUCAGAAAAAACUGUAGUCAGCCAGAAAAAUAAAUUCACCAUGUUUUUAGGAAUACAAUGUCAUAUAAAUCAAGCAAAUGAUAUAUGAACAAACUAGAGAUGCACCGAUACUAAAUUUCUCCACCAACAGCCGACUAUUCAGAGUGAUAUCUGCCAAUACCAAUAGUUUGGGGGUUCUGCCUUUUAUAGCCUACCUUCUUUUAAGUUAAUGAUAAUUUCAUUAUAAUUAAUAAUUAAUCAUUAUAUUUUGAAAGAAAUGCAAAUAAAAUCUUUAUUCUCGCUCAUAUUAACACUCUAUAUUAACACUCAUUAACUAAAUUCUGAAAAUUAAAUUAAUAUUUCUUAUUCAUAUUUCAUUCAGAAUUAUUAUUAUUAUUAAUUGGUUUCAAACUGGUUUCUUAGCAUUUUCUUUACACAAAGUACAAAUUCAGUGCAUUUUCCUGUCCUUUUUUGAUUGACAGGAUAUAUCAGCCCUGACUAUCGGCUGUUUUUAAGCUAUCGGUCGAUAACCGAUAAUGUGAAAAUUUGCUUUUAUCGGCCGAUACCGAUAAUUGGCCGAUAUAUCGGUGCAUCUCUAGAACAAACCCCUCUGUAAAAAUCUUUAGAAUAUAGAUAGGAAUAAAACUGUAAAGUUUAGAGUAAGUAAGUGAUACUAAAGUAAAGAUUUCUAUGGAAGCUUGUUUCCGCCACUGAAUAAAACAUUAAAAAGGUAAUUGCGACAUUUUUGUUUAACAUCUCGCAAUUCUGACUUCGGUAACGCUUUAGUUUAGGGUCCAAUUCUCACUAACUC